CUAAGAGCAGCAUCAGGGCAUCAGGGCUGUCAUAGUAGCCAGAGGGUGUGCAAAGUGCACAGUGCUGAGAGAGGUCCUGGGCAGCCCACUCGAGGGGGAUAAACUGCUUUGUCACUCGGGCAAGGCGAAGGGACCAAUUCUGAGCAGUGUGAGUACCAAAAAGGUGUCUCACGAUGACAACAGUGGAAGCCAAAGCUGAAGAGGAAGAGAAAAAAGAGCCCGAUUCAGAGCCUGCACCUGCUCCAGUUUCAGAAGGAGCUCCUCCGGAGGCAGCACCAGUUGCAGAUCCAGAAGCAGUGCCAGCUGCACCAGCUUCUAACCCAUCUAGCGGGACGGGCUCCCCAGAACAAGAGGGGUUCUUCAAUCUGCUGAGCCAUGUACAAGGAGGACGCAUAGAUGGGCAACGCUGCAACAUUCAGAUUGUGCACAGCAGCAAGAGUGGCUCAGAUUCUCAGAAGAAGGACAGCCCCAGCCCACCACCAGAGAUGGACAACUUUAUGGAUAUGCUGGCACAAACACAGAGCCGGCGUAUGGAUGAUCAACGCGUCAGCUUUAACUACCUCCCAGGCUUCCAAAACACUGACCGCAAUAGCAGCAACAAACCAGCCUCUGGAACCACAAAGAAAUGAAUACUUCCCAACCCGGGUCAGGGAAGGCACAGACAGACAUGGGCCUGAUGCCGCCAAGCACUGCACUCCACCACUCGCCCUAUAGCACCCCUCACUGCAGUACCUGCCCCACACAUUCUCUGUAAAUGUCCUGCCACUUCAAUAAAGGCUCAGAUGUUUUC